ACAUAAAAUUAGGAACUUCAUCUCAGUAUAAAUUCUUAUUGGUUGAUAUUAUAGGUACACUUAAACAAACGUUAUUCAUCUCUUCGUCUUCAGUCAGUUACUACACUCAAAAUGUUUCAACGUAGAAUUUUUGUCACCGGUGGAGCUGGUUUUGUUGGCAGCCAUAUUGUGAUUCAUUUUGUGGAGAAAUAUCCAGAAUACUAUAUUGUUAAUUACGAUAAAAUGAAUUACUGUUCUUCAUUGAAACCUCUUGAGCAUCUUUGCACAAAACCCAACUACAAAUUUAUUGCGGGAGAUAUUUGUGAUCCUCGAACUGUAUACAAUGCACUUAAAAAACACAACAUUGACACUAUCCUCCAUCUUGCUGCUGAAUCGCAUGUUGAUUUGUCAUUUGAAAAUCCCCUGGAAUUUUCAUUGACAAAUGUUUAUGGAAGCCAUGUUCUCAUAAAUGCUGCUAAAGAUCUGAAUAUAAAAUUAUUUUUCCACAUGAGCACAGAUGAAAUAUAUGGUGGUGCACAUAAUGAAAUAUGUUGUGAGGAAAGUUGCUUCCAACCAAGCAAUCCAUACGCUGCAACUAAAGCUGCAGCAGAGUGCAUUGUGAUGUCAUACUGGAGAACUUACAAGUUACCUGUGAUUAUGAUCCGUGCCAACAACAUAUAUGGACCUCACCAAUACCCUGACAAGGUUGUACCACGAUUUAUCUCUCUACUUCUGCAAAAUGAAAAAUGCACCAUUCAUGGAGAUGGGCAAAAAGUACGAAAUUUCAUCAAUGUCAGUGAUAUUGUCAAUGCUAUUGACACUCUUAUCCAUAAGGGUAAACAUGGAGAAAUUUACAACAUUGGCAGUGAAUUUUCAAUUUCCAUUCUAGAGCUGGCAAAACUUCUAGUAAAAAAAAUUAAAAAUGUUACCAGUGAAGAUGCUAUUAUGGAACACAUUGAAUAUGUAAAAGAUCGAGUUUUUAAUGAUAAUCAGUACAAUAUUAAUUUUAAUAAAAUACUUCAAACUGGAUGGAAGACGGAAGUUCCCUGGCAAACUGGAAUUGAAAAAACAAUUGAAUGGUACAGAGAGAACACCAACAACUGGACUUGGCAAAGCUAAAAUCAAAUGGAAACAAAUUGAAAUUUAUGGUCAUUAUAAGCUCACUUAGCAGAAGACUGAAUUUCAGAAAAGAUGAAAUAACACCACAUAUAUUAUUAUUAUAAUUAUUAUUAUUAUUAUGAUUACUAUUAUUAUUAUUAUUAUUAUUAUUAUUAUUAUUAUUAAUAUUUCUGCCAAGGUCGACUUUCAUCCUUUCAGGGUUGAUAAAUAAAUACCAGUGAAACAUUGCGGUUGAUAUAGUCAACUAUCCCCCUCCCCCAAAUUUCAGACCUUAUUAUUAUUAUUAUUAUUAUUAUUAAUAUUAUUAUUAAAAAUAAUAAUCUCAACUUUAUUUUGCUGGAAAGUGUCAGCUGUCCUCAGCCAACAAACUAAGGUGACACUUGUUUACUGACCAUACUGCAAGAACUCUGCGGAGGACUCUUGCAGUUCCAAGCAAUGAUGAUUCCAAUCUUUUCAUGUCAAGUUGGUAAUUGGGGACUGAUACUUCCAAGGGCACCAAUUGCUUCUGGCAUCAUGUCUCCUUCAUUCAUUGCCCACAACCUGUGUAUUUUCCACUUCAAUUCAUCAUAACUGUUAACUUUUUCUCUUCUCUUCAAUCCUGUUGUCACCAGAACAUGCUACACAUGCUAUCAGGCAUGUUAUUUUUUUUUCUAUUCUCUUCACUGCAACAAUGACAGAUUUUCAAUGUUUAAUUUUAUUAUCACACUGAAUCAUUGCAUCUCACAUGCUUUUUUGCAAUCCUCAUUCUCAGGCCUUAUUAUUAUUAUUAUUAUUAUUAUUUGGUAAUGCCACAUCUUUGAUCUUUCAAGGCCAUUAUUUCUACAAAGCUCCAAUGGGUCAUUCUUACUAUUUUGUGAUGUCACUUAUGUAUUCACAUUGUGCCAAUUUCAUAUGUUCACUAACACUGCCACACUGUUUCACUCCUCUCACCACAAAUUUUGCAUUUGUUACUCGCAGUUGUUUUAUCAGUUCUGCAAUUCACAUAAUUUGUCCCCAAUGCUUGUUCUUCUCCUGCACAUAUAAGUGCUUCUUUCUCUAUCUUCAAGCCAUUAUUAUUAUUAUUGUUCUGUAGUUUUAUUUUUAUAACGUGCUUUCACUUCACUACCGAGUGCAGCUCUGUGUGCCUUGGGUAUGUGCUGUGGUUUGCUGUGAUGCUCUUAUGGUUACUGUAUUGACAGUGUUUUGCAUAGGAUGUGUGCAGUGCCCAGUAAUGCAAUUUUCUGUAUGUUAUAUAUAUUUGUAAGUCCUGGUGUUUUUGUUAUGUAUUUGUCUUCCAGUUGGUAAGAAGUCAUGAUUCUCCUUUGGCAUCAAUUUAUUCUAUUGCUCCUUCAUGUAAUUCUGAAAGGACUUAUAAAUGUUGACAUCCAGUAGCUGUAACUGGGAUGUCAGACCACCAGAAAUUACUGCCAGCUGUGUGUUUAUCCUCUUUGCUAGCAUUUUGAUGUUUUCAGAUCAGUGAGCAUUAAAUUAAUCCCAUAGGAGCAGUGAUUUUUUUCAUAGCCAGCCACCAAAAUGCUUGGACCUCACUUUUUCCAACCAGACAUCUUCUUCAUCCUUUUAACACAUAGGUCAAAAAACGACAUGAAUUCCAUUUGGUAGUUUUUUUUUUUUUUGUUUUUUUUUAUCAGUAAUUUUCUUUUUCAUGAAAAUUAACAGAGAUGCUAGUCCCAUUGGCACAAGCUAGAACUGUUGUAGUGAGUCUUUUGAGUCUAUUGGCUUUAACAGUCCCCGAUUUCAUCUAUUUUUACAUUUAUACAAGAAAAUUCUGUUCAUUAUUUACAUUAUUUACAAUUGACGGAUAUUUAUCCUCAUCUUGUUUGUUAACACAAUGUAUUGGUUGAUAUAUCCUCCAGCCUUCAUCAGGUGUCUUGGGGAAAUUUCAAACCUGAUGAAGGCUGGAGGGUAUAUCAGCUGAAACGUUGUGUUAACAACAAACAAGAUGAGGACAAAUACCCGUCAAUUGUAAAUAACGUAAAUAAUGUACAUAAUUCCUCAUCUCUUAAAUAUAGAACUGCAAGAAAAUUCUGUAUUCUAAAAUUAAUAAUAAAUCUAAGGAAAUCUAAUAUUUUCUCUUCAUAUUCAGCUGGCAUUUUCUGAACUAACUUAAUUGCUAUUCACAAACUUAAGCCAUUUUGUUUCAUGAAACAAAAAUACCAACAAACGGUUCCUUUGAAAUCAUUCACGUCUGUGUUAGCUGCCGAUCUUCUUGCUUCCAAAAUGAUCCUCUUCAUAGUCACUGCAUAUCCCAAGUUACUUUCAUCAAAUUAUCCAUGAUUCUUUUCUUUUAAUUAUGGCCAUUUUGCUAGUACUCUACAAAGAUUAUGCUUCUGUUUACCAACUUUUGUUCAAUAUUUCCCCCAUUGGUGAAUCAUCUCAUUGGGUGAUGGUCAAAAGUUUCUCUCUAAUUACCUUGUUUCUAUGUUCUCUUACAUAUUUGCACUUCUUCGAGUUUAAAUGUGAUAUUAAAUUUACGUCUCUUUGACAUACAUACACACACACACACACACACAUUUAUAUGCCAUAGGAGUUAAUUUGUAGGACUGAAAAUGACUUGUAAGACCACAGAAGGCCUGUUAAUGAAUGAACAAAAUUCACAAAACACAAGUGUGAAAAAAUAAAAAUUCCUGUUCAUUGUUCUGAAGCAGAAUUUAAAACAAAACCUAUUUUAUUUACUGAGUAACAGUAUUUAUAAUAUUAGAUACAAUAUUAAUUAAAUCAAAUGUUUUACCAUAAAGAAAACCUAAUUCCUAUAUACUGAAAUUAAAAUCUUUGUAAAGGGCUGAUUUCAUUUAACCCUGAGAGAACCAUUGUUAUGUACUACACAACUAUCACCAUGGCAGAUAUAUGGUAAUUUGCAAGGUAUAUUUUUACAAAAAGUGCUUUCCAUUCUCCAAGACGUAGUGGUAUAACUACAUAUAUCUGUAUGUCUGUGGGUGUAUGUGUGUAUAUAUAUGUGUGUAUACACACACACACACAAAUACAUACAUGAAGGGAUGCUGAAAAGUUCCUGGCUUUGGGUGAAAGACAAUACAGGAGGAUAAGUUAAUUAUGAUUCUAUUCAUCAUAUUCCCCUCUCAUAUUCACAUGCUUAUUUCAGCAGUCCUUCAGUUUUUCUAAGUCCUGUAAAAGAACUCAGAACGUUAGACCUCCAGCCAGGCUUUUCAUGAUACCCUUAAGGCCUUGAACUUUUCAGCACCCCUGCAAAUAUAUAUAU